AUGGAGAGAGAUUUUUUUUUUCUUUCUACAAAAGAUAAGGUCGCCAAGGAAAACCGCCGAAAGCGAUUGGAAAGCAAUGGCUAUGUUGUCGGUGCUCAUACGCAAGCAGAUUCAGUGCGGAACAAAGAUAGAAGAUUACGAAAGACCAAGAGAAGAUACAACAAAGCUGUCAGGGACUGGGUGGACUUUGCUGAAGAGAAUGGUAUUAAGGGCUACACAUUAGGCAGCUCCUGCGCCGCUCCAGAUCAUACACUGAUCAAAGAAUUCCUUCGCUGGUACUCCUAUUCGGCGAGGGGGCAGAAAGCAAAACAAAAACAUGGACGGCCGGUUAUGAAAUCGGUCCUUAGUUGCGCAGAAAGAUUAUUUGGUGGGUUCGAAGAGAGUAUGCAAAUCAACAUUGUGCUAGAAGACCGAAAGGAAGUGUUCAACUGGAUUAAGAGAACAUUGACGGAAUAG